UGUAAGGUGUUAUACUAUUAUAAGGUAGUUCCUGCUGAAAACCUACUUUUAUUUAGGAUUCUCUACUUGGUAACCUUUUACCAUACUCUUCCCUUCUUCGCCAGUGUCUCCAUGUCCCUGCUUCAUAGCUAUAUGUCCUCCUCCGUCUCCUUUAACUUGGAUACCAUAUACUUGAACUGGAACUCCACUUUUCCGGCUAUUACUGUGUGUGAGAUUUACAACGCCGAAAGGAUUUGGGACCUGAGUGACUCACACUUUGGCGUGGAGCACGACAUGCACAUGGAUGACUUCAUUUCGGAAAUUGUGUUCUAUCGAGGGGUCUGCAGCAGCUGCGAGGACUGCUCCAAGAUGCGGUGUCCUGCCAACUUCACCCUGCUCGUGGAUGUGUUCCGCUCCAAGUGCCAUCAGUUACUGGUGAAUUGCACAUACCUAAACGAGCUUUUUGACUGUUGCGAUCAGUUCCUGCCCCUGCCCACGGAGUACGGACUGUGUUACUCCUUCAACUCGCAUCAGGCCCGCAAGGUGUCCCAUGUCCAGUUCACCAAUAACCGGGUGACGGGACCAGGACACCUCAAUUUCCAUGCCGCCGCCGACAUCCAGCUGUACGUCCAUGCGCCCAUCGAUGUGCCUUACCAGUUCUCCGAGGGCAUGAUACGAGAAACGGUGCUGUUGGGCCACUACAAAGAGCUGAUCCUGAGUGAGGUGCACAACGACGAGAGUGUCCAGGAUCUGAGCAUGGAGCAGCGGCGGUGUCGCUAUGGCAACGAGCAUGUGCCGGAGAGGCAGGGAAUCUACGAGUUCUACAGCUACUCGGGCUGCGUGGUGGAGUGCACCGUGCUCCUCCAGCUGGACAAUUGCAACUGCACCAGCCACUUUAUGGCCAUUCCUGGCCAGAAUAACUUGCCUGCCUGCGACUAUCGCGGCUUGAUCUGCCUCACCCGGAUACGGGACAAGAUCAUGACGGAGCGCAAGUCCUGCGAGUGCAUGAGCUCCUGCGAGGAGCCGGAGUACAACAUUAUCUACAACUCGGCGGAUGAGGAUGAUGAAGCCUCAGAUGAUGUCUCCAAAAUCCGAGUGGCUUUGGUGGAGCUGCCCACACAACGCUAUGUUCGUCGCGUAACAAAAACUAUCCUGGAUUUCUUGAUUUCUCUUGGAGGACUGGUUGGCCUGUUCUUCAACACAUCCGCUUUGCGAAUCGUGGAGGCCAUUGUAAUCUGCCUGCGAUAUAGAAAGACCAUGGUGAACUGGGUUAAACGCUUCUUUCUUGGCACGGUUAAAUAUUUACAGAUCUUGGACCAGUCGAGGUGA